CAAUGAGUCGAUACAAAGACCUUAAGGCCAUUGAAACCAAUUAUUAUUCCAAAAUGGAUAAUGUGUUGUAUGUCUGAAAACGCUGAUUUGUGACUGUACACUACCGUUUAUCGGAGUAUUUGAAUUUGGAAUCAACACUACUAGAGGCAGAUAAAUAGAAGAUACCAGCAUGGUUGAAAACUCACCAGCUCCACUACCGGAAAGAGCUAUAUAUGGUUUUGUUCUUUACUUAGGCUCCCAGUUUGUCUUUAUUCUGUACCUUGUCUGGGCCUACAUACCUGAAUCCUGGCUUUUCUCAGUGGGGUUAACAUACUGGCCGCAAAAAUUCUGGGCUGUCGCUCUGCCUGUAUACCUUUUAGUUAGUUUGGGAAUAGGCUAUGUACUCCUCUUUGGGAUAAACAUGAUCAGUACUGCACCACUGAAUUCCACACACACCAUUACAGAUCACUAUGCUAAAAACCAGAAACAGAAGAAACCACAAGACGAGGCUAUCCCUGCACUAAGGGAUAUUUCUAUUAGUGAAGUAAACAAAAUGUUUUUCCUGACUGGCAUAGACGACUGUCCUAGAAACUGAUGGCACAUGUUGUUUAUAACCCCAUUCAUACUGAAAAGACUUCUAAAUUCCUGAGUUAAAAACAUUGGCAAUGAAGUGCAAAAAUGCUUUACUUUGGUGACAUUACGUGAAAGUAGCUCUAACAUAAGGCUGCAUUAUUUACUAUGCAUCUUUCAGCAAUUGGAGGACCUUUCCCAGUGUAUCCUAGCCCCACAAGCCAGAUGCCACUUUGUCGUCUGUCCAUGCUGCACCCAUACCCCUUAUAUAAUUCAAAUAUAGCCUGUUGUCUUGUCCCCACCCCUUACAGUCAGGAUUCUAAACCUCCCUGAAAGCCUACAAGACUACACCAGGAUACCUGCUGCAGAUGUUCUGCUUGAAAGUGUAAAGGGCUGUAGGGAUGCUGGAACAUUGGAAUGCAACAGAGGGAGCAGGGACAAAGAACACUAUGGUGGUAAUUGACCACACAUAAGCCUUGUUAGGUAGGAAUGUAUGUUGUGCCCUCAACAGUUUUCACCUUGAAUUACCAGCAUCCUCCAGUUCUCCCUGGACAGAGAGAGACCUUAUGCUGUCAGAAGUAUGUCAAAGGAUUAACAGCCAGCCCCAAGUCUUUAUAGGAAGUGGGGGAAAUCACCUGAACCAAUUCUUCUGUUCGUUGAUGAAGGUUAGCAUAAUUCCAAGCCGCUAGGCAGCCUGGCAGGGGAAGGUGUUCGCUUGGACUAGGCACAAAUGAAUGUCAAGAGCCUAACUGUCCUACCUUAAGACUCUUCAAAGAAUUCUCAUACUCACACCACAUAGGGAUCACUCUCAGAUGGUCAAGGGAAGUGGCAAAGGAAUAGAGAACCAUAUUCAUUAUGUUUAGCCAAGGUAGUCAGAGAUGACAGUACAACAUGAGUUGCAUGAAGGCAGGAAUACACUUGCUUGAUGAAGGUGUUAACUGAAAAGGAGAUUGCUCUGCCUACUGCUGGGAAACUUGACAUAAAGACUCCGGUGGUGUGGGGGCUUCAACAUCAACCAACUUUUUUCCUCUUCCCUCAUUUCCUUGGUUUGUUUGCCACUUAGCCUGAUGAAGAAUUCUGGAGAAGCUGAACACCAUUUUGUGACACUUUGGUUCAGGUUUUGGCCUCGUUUGGAUUUUUCUUAUGGCCAAACCUUUGUCUUUUGGAGAAUACUAAAUUUAGCUGUACAGCAGCAAGUUCCUAUAUUGGAAGAUGGGAUUUUAUUAUUUUCCCAGCUAUUAGAUAAAACUACUUAAUUUGG